AUGAGCAGGAGCAGCUGCCUGUUCGAGCGCCGCAGCGAGGCCGUGGCCGGGGCGCAGGCCCCGGCGGCGCGGCGGGGCCGCCGCGCCCCGGGCCCUCGCCCCGCCAGCCGCGCGGCGGGCGGGCGCGGCGCGCCGGGCGGCGGCGCCUCGGAAGAUGAAGACGACGAGGCGGGGGCGUCCCAGGGCGCUCUGGGCGGCGACGACGCGGUGUGCGACGCGUUGGGGCCGCCCGACGGGGGCGCCGCAGGCGGCGACGGCGACGCCCCGGUCGACGAGUCCGAGGAUUUUGCCACCGACGACUUCAUCCGCAAGCACAACCGGCAGGUGGCACUAAGGAAGCAGCAGCAGCAGCAGCAGCAGCAGCCCAAACGGCCCGGGCGGGCGGGCGGUGGCGACAGCGGCGGGCGCGGCGCCGGCGCCGGCGGCAAGCGUUCAAAGGGGCCGCGCCGGGGGAGGAGGAGCCCCGAGAUUAGAGAGGAGCUGCACUCACAGCAGCAGCAGCAGCAGCAGCAGCAGCAGCAGCAGCAGCAGCAGCAGCAGCCACAGCAGCGGGCGCGGGGGGGGUCCAAGCAGCAGCGGCGGAAGAAGCAGCAGCACACGGGUGACGAAGUGAUAACAAUAGAGUAG